AUGGCCGCCGCGGUGCUGCUGGGCUGCGCCGCCAUCGCGCUCGGGCCCGCGGCCGCGCUCGUGCUGCUCACGGUGGCGGCGGAGCCGCUGCUCCUCAUCGUGCUGCUGGCGGGGGCGUUUUUCUGGCUGCUGUCGCUGCUGGCCGCCUCGCUGCUCUGGUCCGUGUGGGUGCAGCUCAGCGGGCGGGAGGACGCGGCGCUGCUGCCGCUCGGAGCCGCCGCCGCGGUGCUGCUGCAGGAGCUCUGCCGCUUCGCCUGCUUCAAAAUGCUCAAGAAGGCCGAUGCAGGGCUGGCCACCCUCAGCAAGGACGGGCGCUCCCCGCUCUCCCUGCGGCGCACGGCUUACGUGUCUGGGCUCUCCUUUGGCAUCAUCAGUGGCCUCUUCUCCAUCACCAACAUCCUGGCAGACUCUGCAGGGCCGGGCACUGUUGGGAUCCAUGGGGACUCCCCGUACUUCUUCAUCACCUCUGCCUUCCUCACCAUGGCCUUGGUUCUGCUCCACACCUUUUGGGGCAUCAUCUUCUUCGACGCCUGUGAGCGGCGCCGCGCCGGGGGCCUGGGGCUGGUGGUGGGCAGCCACCUGCUCACCUCGGGGCUGACCUUCCUGAACCCGUGGUACGAGGCCAGCCUGGGCCCCAUCCUCAUCCUCACGCUCUGCACUGGCCUCUGGGCCUUCAGCACCGCUGGUGGCUCCUUCCACAACGUCCUCAAGUGCCUCUCAUGUAAGCAGGAGCCUGAGGGCCAGGCCAGGCUCUACUCGGCGCUGCAGGUGCCUCCUGAGGGCUGAGGGAGCCGUGGCCCCACAGCCAGACCCUCCUGUGAAAGCUUUCACCCCUCCUGCUCCAGGGGAAUUUGUGUCUGCCCAGUGCCUGGGGGCCUUUGGGGUCUGACUGGUGCUCCUGGGGAAUUUGGGGUCUGACCACCACCCUCUUCCCUUUGUUCCCAGAUUCUCUAAACUCCUUUCCCUCAGUUUGAGCCUCUGGGGAAGGCCGGGGUGGGCCAGAUGCCCUGGGGGGAGUCAGGGCAGGACCCCCCCAUUUCCCUGUGUUUGUCACUUUGGGGGUGUCCCCACCCCUGGUGAUGCUCUGGGUGUGGGGGACACCAGGACUGGGAUGCUCUGCCCUUCUCACCCCGUUCAGUCCCAGGGGGGUAAAUUAUUUUU